UACAAUAUUAAGAAAAAAGAAGAGGUAGUAGAACCAGUUCAAGAAGAACCAAAUCCACUCAUGCGAAAAAAGAAAACACCAGAAGAAUUGGCGCGAGAAGCAGAAGAAGCGGACGAAGACGAGUUCACAAAGCUGAAGAACACGAUAGAGACACAAGUAAAUGAACUCAAGUCUCAAAUAGAAAGUAAAUGUGUAAUGCAAUGAAUUUGGGGACACCACAAGGCACUCACUGCGGGCCGACAUACAUCACCGUUCACCGACAUUUAGAAAACACCAUUUUUAUUGAGCAGAAUAUACUUCAGAUAAUUCGGCGGCUGACGAUGAGGCGGGCUUCGUUACGUUUUCGGAACUGAAGAUGAUUAUGAUCCCGAAACGUAGCGAGUUGCUCGAUACAAUGCAAUAAUCCCAUAUAACGCGGAAUUAUCUCAACUUAUAUAACUUCGUAUAGACAACAGAAAAUGCUGUAAACAAACAAUAUUUCUCCAUAAACUCAACAGGGAGAGAAUUUAACAACUAAAGUUUUGUUUUCUGUAUGUUGACUAUUUUAAAUGAAUCAUUGAAAGAUAGCUGACUAUACAUUUGAACUGAAUGUAAACGUAAUCAAUCCUGAAGUACUAGGAAUGAGUUGUAAAUUCUAACCCUGUCAUUAUCCUCUGAUUUGGCCACGCAGAAAAAUGCCCCAAAAACAUAAAAAGAGACUGCGAUAAACAAUUAACAAAAAACAAAUAUAUUGUGAUGACAUGUACCGGGUGUUUGGACUCUAACGAGCAAAAUUCUUUGAACUUACGAUAUUUUUUAUUUAUCACUCACAGGUUGCAAUUCACAGGAUAUCCAAUUAGUAUGUGGUAGAUGUUCAAAAGUUCUAGAAUGAAAAAAAUGUGUCAAAAUCUCCCUUCAGAAUAAACAUCACAUAUAAUUCACUGAACUUGAUGAUAGGGUCGUUUCGUAUUUUGAAAAAAAAAAUGAAAGAGAAUUUUUUUGACAGAAGAUUAUCAUAAAAUUGAUUGUGUGAAAUGAAUUGUUGUAAAAUAUCCGGAUUGAAAUGAAAAAUAACACUCACGUUCUGUAGAUUUAAAUAAGGAUUAAAAAUCGGUAAUUUAGUAUUAUUCAGGAAUUUAUCAAAAGGUAAACACAAUGUAGAGGAUGAUGCUCGAUCGACACGGGUUUUCGGAACAAAUAAGCUCUUCUUUUUGAUAUGUUAUCAACAUAAAAUUAGGAAUUCGAAAUUCCCUCACUAGUAGACAUCAAAUUUUGAAGUCCUACAAUUCCGUCACUAUGAACAAGAUUGUAAAUAUAUUAAUGAAUGAAUGAAAAAAUCAAAGUCAUGCACAUAAACUACACAGUGUCUUUAUUGAAUGUUGAGGUUCAUGUCUUUGGAACAAUUUCUGAUGAUUUUCGUUCAACCUUUCUACCUGUCAAAGAAUGCAUCAAAUCAUUUUUAUUCAUAUGUAAGUAAUUUUUGAUGCUCAUUAUUUGUCAAUUUUUCAGAGCUAUUGAAUAUCAAAACGGAAUUAUAAAUUUCUAUCAUUAUUAUUAAUAUAAUCAUGAAUGUCAUUGUGAUUGUUAAUAUUAUCAACAGGAUGAUAGAUAGUCAUUGUGUGACAACUCAGUGGACAGCAUUUUGAGAUUGUUCUGUGUGUUUCUGUUGUUAAAUUGUUGAAAAAUCCUCGCAUCAAGUAUCUAUUUAAAACACUUUUCCCACAACAAAACAAAAAUAGUAUCUCUUGACGAGCGUUUUGUAAUCCAAGACAGGAGAUGACUAACACUGUUUCAGUCAUUUCGUGUUUCCUGUGAAACGUACGUCAAGAGACAGUAUUUUUAUUCUAGUGUGGAGAAGGUGAUUACAAUAGAUUCAUUUUCGUCAGAGUUUCCAAUUCUUCUUCAUUCAGUACCCCCACCAACCAUAUAAUUUUCUGUCAAAAAUCUGUUGUAUUUUUUUUCAACGACACCUAAUCUGUAGUACUGAAUCAUUUAG